UUAGAGGAGAAAAACAAGAAAAAAAAAUAUUCUAAACCAAUGGACUACAGACAUAGUACAGGAAAUAACCAGAGACUACAGACAUAGUACAGGAGAUGACCAGAGACUUUGGACAUAGUACAGGAGAUGACCAGAGACUGCAGACAUACUACAGGAGAUGACCAGGGACUGCAGACUACAGGAGAUGACCAGAGACUGCAGACACAGUACAGGAGAUGACCAGAGACUGCGGACACAGUACAGGAGAUGACCAGAGACUGCAGACACAGUACAGGACAUGGCCAGAGACUGCAGACACAGUACAGGACAUGGCCAGAGACUGCAGACACAGUACAGGACAUGGCCAGAGACUGCAGACACAGUACAGGACAUGGCCAGAGACUGCAGACACAGUACAGGACAUGGCCAGAGACUGCAGACACAGUACAGGGGAUGACCAGAGACUGCGGACACAGUACAGGGGAUGACCAGAGACUGUGGACACAGUACAGGGGAUGACCAGAGACUGCAGACAGUACAGGGGAUGACCA